AUGUUUCAUCAAGUUCUCAUCCGGAAUGAAGACCAACAGUGUCAACGCUUCUACUGGAGAGACGAUAACGGCCAGAUAGCGACCUACGCGAUGUGCGUGAUGACCUUCGGUGCUUGCUGCUCCCCUAGCUGUGCCCAGUACGUAAUGAGAUUGAACGCCGCUCGCUUUGCUCAAGACUAUCCAGCAGCAGUGGAUGUGAUAGAGAACAGACAUUAUGUAGAUGAUAUGUUGGUUAGCGUGGACACUGAAGAGGAAGCCAUCAAACUAGCUCGGGACGUGAAGUUCGUGCACUCACAGGGCGGGUUCGAAAUCCGAAAUUGGACCACUAAUUCUCGGCGUGUCCUGGAAUGCAUGCAUGGAAGUACCGACGAGGAAAAAAGCUUAGACCUCUCACCACAGAUGACAACAGAAAAAGUACUUGGAAUGUGGUGGUGUACCUCUACAGACGUCUUCACCUUCAAGGUCAAAUGGGAUCGUUACGAUACAGACUUGUGGGAAGGUAAUCGCCGAUUUACGAAACGGGAGGUUCUACGAGUUCUAAUGACGAUAUUUGAUCCGCUAGGCCUUAUCGCACCAUUCUUGAUGUUUUUGAAAAUACUUCUGCAAGAAAUCUGGCGAAGCGGAAUCCAAUGGGACCAGAAGAUUGACGACAAUGCCUUUGGCAAAUGGUGUAGUUGGCUUAACGUGCUGCCCUUGGUAGAGCAAGUUAAAAUAAAACGGUGUUUUUGUCCCCAGCUAGCCCCGAAAUACUACGAGGUACAACUACAUACAUUUGUAGACUCUAGCGAGAAUGGUAUGGCCGCUGCAUGCUACCUUCGAUUCGUUCAAGAUGAAGCCGUUCACUGCUGUCUAGUCGCCGCCAAAACAAGAGUCGCCCCGCUAAAAUAUCACUCGAUCCCACGGCUCGAGCUUAUGGCAGCUGUUAUCGGAACAAGACUCUCCUGUACUGUACUCGAUUCUCUCUCGUUCAAUGUGAGCAAACUGUUCUAUCACUCUGACUCUCGGGAUGUAAUCUGUUGGUUAUACUCAGAUCAUCGCCGGUACACACCGUUUGUUGCAUGCCGAGUCAGCGAAAUAUUGGAAGCAACAGAACUAGAUCAAUGGCGCUGGGUUCCCACAAAGCUCAAUGUCGCAGAUGAAGGAACAAAGUGGGGAAAGCUGCCAGAUAUGACUACAGAUUCCAGAUGGUUUAAUGGACCACAAUUCCUGCAGCAACCAGAGAAAGAAUGGCCAUCUCAAUUAGCAAGAAACAGCCAGACGGAUACGGAGCUUCGCCCCCGUCUUUUAACUCACCACGCCAUCUCGAGUCCGGCAAUCCACGUCUCUAGUUGGAAGCGGCUAAUCACGAUAUCCGCGUUCGUUCAUCGUUUUAUCGCAAACUGUCGUAGAAAAAUACAGAAGAAAUCCGUUAUCUACGGAGGAGUUGCAGAUCGCCGAACGUUCCGUUAUACGUCAAGUCCAGCGAGAAGUUUACCCAUCCGAAAUAGCUGCUCUCAAGGACUCCAUGAAUGGACCGACAAACUGCAUGACUCCCUGGCUAGACGACCAAGGUCUACUGCGAAUGCGAGGAAGGAUAAGUGCCUGCAGUUUAGCAACCGAAGACGCUAA